AUGGGUGUUUAUAUUUCCCGACUUUUUGCUAUGUUUACUGCCAAAACUCCUGCCAGGAUUCUUAUGGUGGGUCUGGAUGCGGCGGGUAAAACCACUUUGCUGUACAGGAUGAAGCUGGCUGAAGUGGUCACUACUAUCCCCACAGUGGGAUUUAACGUGGAAACGGUGGAAUACAAAAACAUCUCCUUUACCGUUUGGGAUGUUGGCGGUCAAACUAUCAUCAGACCACUAUGGAGGCACUACUACCAAAACACCAAUGGUAUCAUCUUCGUGGUGGACAGCAACGAUCCUCACAGGCUGAAAGAGGCCUCCGAAGAGCUCCACUUGAUCCUGGAAGAGGACGAGCUGAGAAACACGGCUUUGCUGGUGUUAGCCAACAAGCAGGACCUCCCUCGCGCCAUGACUGUCAGCGAGGUCACCGAGGGUCUACGCCUGUCGGGGGUCGCGCAGCCGUAUUACAUUCAGGCUUCCUGCGCAGUGAGUGGAUCGGGUCUGGUCGAGGGUCUGGAUUGGCUCUCCAACCAGAUUCUGAAGCAGUUUUAG